GCCCACAUCAUCAUCACCAAACAAAGCGAUGUUCGCCUUGAAAUCGCUCUCCUCAUCAUACCUUUGGGGUAACUCCGAAAAGCGAAAUAUCGCUGUCACGACAUCAUGCUGGGCGGAAAACAUCAUGCUGGGCGGAGGACAUCAUGCUGGGCAGAGGACAUUAUGCUGUAAGGAGGACAUCAUGCUGGGCGGAGGACAUCAUGCUGGGCGGAGGACAUCAUGCUGGGCGGAGGACAUCAUGCUGGGCAGAGGACAUGCAGGACAUUGUCCUAGAGUUCAUCGGAAGCCAUUGCCCGCUGGAGAGCUUCGUGCCGAUCUUUCCGUCCCUUCAUACCUUCGACUUCAUCAUCACAUCUCCGACUUCAUCACCACAUGUCCGACUUCAACGUCACAUCUCCGCCCUCAUCAACAUCUCCGCGAAAGGGAGACUGGUGGAGGAGCACAACGAAAGACAAGAACAUCGAAUCAAAGCGAGACGUGGAUGGUAAAGGAGGAGCGGACCUUCAGGAUCUCUGGAUGAAGUGUCUACGACAUUCGAUGUCCGAAGCCAGGGCGGCCAGACCAGAGACUGAGAUGCCCGGAUCAUUCGUGAUCGAGCAGUCCAAGAUGCUCUCCGAGGAGACGCCCACACCAACCCGCACAUGCAACUGCAUCAACUGCCACACUGCUGACAAACACGGUCACCACCCUGCUCACGCUUUCGAGGCUGCCACUCCAGACAUGAUCCCGCCACUCGCGGCCGAGAUGAAGCUCACCGCCGGUCGAAACGUCCGCCAUCACGCCAUCUGCGAUGACUGCAACAAGAACAUCUACGGUGUCCUGGGCCAAGCGCGAUCCGAUCUGGAUUGCGGAACCAAGCACGAGUACUACCAGGCUAUUUGCUUCGAUCCCGACGUUCCAGCAGGUCGGGCUUCUGCGGACCAACAAAGCCUUGGAGGAUCUGCACGGCAUGGACGGAUCUCCAUGCCUAAGCCGCACCUGGCCAGCCAUGAGCCUGAUGCGCAGGCAUGGCGAGGAAUGGAAGAGCUUCGAGAGUGCUGGCAGGUUGAGGAGCUUGGUAACUCUGCACAUCAUAGGGUGAUCGAGCAACAAGCCUUCGAGAAAGACUUCGCUAGAGCCGCUUGCUCUGCGGAUGAUCGAGCUGCCAACCAGGAUACGGGUGACGCGACAGCAUUUGGAUGUUCGUGA